AUGGCCAAACUCUCGCGUGGUGCCCCCGGUGGCAAGCUCAAGAUGACCCUCGGUCUCCCCGUUGGUGCCGUCAUGAACUGCGCCGACAACUCUGGUGCCCGUAACCUUUACAUCAUCUCCGUCAAGGGUAUCGGUGCCCGCCUCAACAGACUGCCCGCCGGUGGUGUCGGUGACAUGGUCAUGGCCACCGUCAAGAAGGGAAAGCCUGAGCUCCGCAAGAAGGUCCACCCCGCCGUCAUCGUCCGCCAGUCCAAGCCCUGGAAGCGCUUCGACGGUGUCUUCCUGUACUUCGAGGACAACGCUGGUGUCAUCGUCAACCCCAAGGGUGAGAUGAAGGGCUCCGCCAUCACCGGCCCCGUCGGUAAGGAGGCUGCUGAGCUCUGGCCCCGUAUUGCCAGCAACUCCGGUGUCGUUAUGUAA